GGGCCAACAGCGUACUGAUUGUAAUCAACUUGCAAACAAAUCAGCAAUUCAACUUGCAAACGUUGCAGCCGCUUGAGACGGAACAUCACGGCGUAGCCUUGCCAAGCAAAUAAGUUUGCCGCGUUGCGUAUCUAAAAAGUGAGUAGUUGCACAUUUGGGACUGUUAUGAAAACCGUCAGAGAUUAGACGGACUAGCUUUGCUUAGCUGCCCACAGGCAACACAACUGCUACAACUACAACAACAGCUACAACUACAACUAAAACACCGCAUUGCACCCCCCCGCUGUCAACAAACGCCGAUGCUGCGCCAGAGCAAGAGCUGGAGCCAGAGCCACAGGCAAAUGCAGUUGCAGUUGCAUAUGCACUAACUACGCGCCGCUCAACACAGCCGCUCGACAGCAACAACGCCAGCAGCAGCAACGGCAGGAACAGGAACAGCGGCGGCGUCGGUUGAUCAACACUCACAUCUAGACAAAUACAUACACAGACACAAACACACACAUACAUAUACAUAUAGACCGCACACAACGACUGUGACAUUACAGUGAGGGUGAGAAGCGUAAGAGAUCCUUACAUUUCACGCUAUAAUAGAGAGAGAGAGAGAGGGAGUGAGACAGAGACAGAGAAGUGAAGGCAGAAAGCAGGAGGCGUAUUCGCUGCCCAGCACACAAAACGCCCAUUUGAAUGGAUCCGUGUGUUGGCUGGUUUCAGGAGGAACAGGAGGGACCAGCGUUGCGUACAUGGUUAAAGAUUUGGGAAACGAAUGCCCAGGAGAUGGGUGCACUUCUUGAGCAACAGCUACAGCAAAACAACAAUAAUAAUAAUAACAACAACAACAACAGCAGCAGCAGUAGCAGCAGCAUCAACAGUAACGGAAAUAACAUCAGUAGCACCGGCAACGGCAACAGCAGCACCGGCAACAGCAGCAACAAUAACAACAACGCGGUGGCCACAAACAAUUUAUCUAGGAUAAUAAGCAACGGUCCUACGAUCAGCCUGCGUGAUCCCGACUCAUUACAAAUUCUUCUUCAGCAGUUGAACGAAACGCCAGAUCGUCACGGGAACAACAGCAACAUUAACGGAGGCAAAAGCUCAAGCAACACGUCUAUCGAUUCCACAUCGAACAACGACAAUAAUUCGCCAGCAAGCAGCAGCAGCAGUAGCAGUAUCAGCGCCAGCGCCAACACUAACAAUUCAGUUAACGGUACACCGACAACAGCAGCAGCGCCAACACCAACAACAACCACAACACCAACAACAACACCAACAACACCAACAACAGCAGCAACAGCAACAGCAACAGUGGCUGCUUCAAACAGCACAACGACGCCGACAGGUGGUGAUAGCACCAACACCACCGCCACGAACACCACCACAAGCACUACCACAACCACCGGUACCACCAGCAGUACCAGUACCACCAGUACCAGUACCAGUACGAGUAGCAGUACCACGAACAGCAGCAGCAACAACACCAGUUUUGUAGCCAAUCCCGCGUCCAAGGUGCCGCUGCACGAGCGCGCCAACACCUAUUAUAAUCCAUCGCGCAGGAAACGCGUCGUGGACAACAAGUCGAGCACUUUAAAUCUGAACAAGCACGCCGAAAUGAUAGCCAAAUAUAAAGGCUGUCCGUGGCGAGUGCGCGACUAUCAGUACGGUGACGGUAUAAUUGGUUUGCACGAGGAGAUCGAUCACUUCUAUCAGUAUGUGCUGCCCACGCCCUGCGAGCAUGCCAUUCGAAAUGAGGUGGUCAAGCGCAUCGAGGCCGUUGUCCAUUCCAUAUGGCCGCAGGCGGUGGUCGAGAUAUUUGGUUCCUUUCGCACCGGCCUCUUUUUACCCACCUCGGAUAUUGAUCUAGUGGUACUAGGUCUGUGGGAGAAGCUGCCGUUGCGCACCCUUGAAUUUGAGCUUGUUUCGCGCAACAUCGCGGAGGCCUGCACGGUCCGAGUGCUGGACAAGGCAUCUGUGCCGAUCAUCAAGCUGACAGAUCGCGAGACGCAGGUGAAGGUCGACAUAUCGUUCAACAUGCAGUCGGGCGUACAGUCCGCGGAGCUGAUCAAACAGUUUAAGCGCGAUUAUCCUGUGCUGGGCAAGCUGGUGCUGGUGCUAAAGCAGUUUCUACUGUUGCGCGAUCUCAACGAGGUGUUCACGGGCGGCAUCUCAUCGUAUUCACUGAUACUCAUGUGCAUCAGUUUCCUGCAACUGCAUCCGCGCGGCAUCUGUCACGACAAGACGAAUCUGGGCGUGCUCUUGCUCGAGUUCUUUGAGCUGUACGGUCGUCGUUUUAACUAUAUGAAAAUUGGCAUUUCCAUUAAGAACGGCGGACGCUAUAUGCCCAAGGAUGAGCUGCAGCGCGACAUGGUCGAUGGCCACAGGCCAUCCUUACUCUGCAUUGAGGAUCCCCUAACGCCCGGCAACGAUAUCGGACGCAGCAGCUACGGUGCCCUCCAUGUUAAGCAGGCCUUCCAAUGUGCCUAUCGUGUGCUCACCCAGGCGGUCAGUCCGCUCAAUCUUUGGGGCACCGAUGCACGUGUCACAUCCAUAUUAGGGCGCAUUAUACACAUAACGGAUGACGUUAUUGACUACCGCGAAUGGAUACGGGAGAACUUUGAGUAUCUGACCGCCGUGGAUCCAAUCUCGCCACUGCCCGCCUACACGAAUGGGGCCGCCAAGUAUGUGAUCAUGCCCUCCGGUGCCGUAGUGCAUCAGAUUUAUCAUCCGCAUACGGUGCUGCAGCCGCACGCGCUGGCACAGCCGUAUCAUACGGCAGCAGCAGCAGCAGCGGCGGCGGCAGCGGCUGCACAACAACAACAGCAGCAGCAGCAUCAGCUGCCGCCACAGGCGCAGCUGGCUAGCAAUCUGAAUCUGACGGCGCUGCGUCAUCGGCGGGGCAGCACCUCAUCGGCGGAUGAUUCUGAGGACAGCAAAGACUGCGAGGUUGGCGACCGGGAACGGGAGUCUAUAACAUCUGUUGGCCAGCCGGUUGUCGAGGUUAUUGACAUCACCUCAUCGCCGCCAAAUGGACUGGAUGUGGCAGCGAUGCCCGUGACUGUACCCAAGCCGAUAAUGGUGGCCAUCAGCAACAGCUCGUUGUCGGGCUCGUCGCCAGACAUGGAGCAACUCAGCGAUGCCCCGGCGGACGGACUGGAUGAUCAAGUCUUGAACAGUCAUAUCUACAACACAACCACCGGCCACGUCCAAGCCAAUAGCAGCAGCGGCGGGAAUACAGCGACGCGAAGCUACGGCCAACAGCAGGCGGGGCAGCGCAGUCACUCGAAUUCGUAUUACCGUCAGCCGCUCUAUGUGCCACCACCCUUGCAGCAGCAGCAACAGCAGCAGCAGCAAUUGACCAAGACCAUUUCCAAUACCCAGCCGAGCAGCUACAAUGGCCAUCAUGCCCAGCAGCAGCAACAGCAGCAACAACAACAGCAGCAGCAGCGGCCGCAGCAUUUGCGUUUGGCCACUAGCAAUAGCAAUAGUGGGACAAACAGUUCAGGUGGCGGCUACCAGCAACAUCAUCAUCAUCACCAUCAGCCACAACAACAACAGCAGCAGCAGCAUCAUCACCAUCACUUGGCAGCUCAAGCAGUUCGUCCCCCCGUUCACCGCGCUGCGGCUCUGGUGGUGAAUCCCCGGACUCGGCUUCCGGCCAGCUGGCCACUGCAGAAGAUCGCUGAGGAUAUCCAGGCCCAAAUCCAAUACCAGAGACGCUAUGGCGGCCACUGA